AUGUCUUUAAUCGGAAAAGUCGCGCUCGUCACCGGAGCCUCCAAAGGAAUCGGCCGAGCAACAGCCCUUCGCCUCGCCAAGGACGGAGCCAACGUGGUAGUAGGAUACAACUCGAACCCCGAAGCAGCCCAAGAGGUGGUGAAAGAGAUUGGCGCCGACCGUGCAAUCGCGAUCCAAGCAGACGUGGGCGACGUGGGAGAAAUCACAUCCCUCGUGGACCAAAGCAUCCAGCGGUUCGGCAAGAUCGAUCUUCUUGUUCCCUGCGCUGGCAUCAUGACUCUCACCACACUGGAGGACACGACCGAGGCGACCUACGACAAUAUGUUUGCCUUGAAUGUCAAAGGACCCUAUUUCCUCUGCCAGAAAGCCGUUCCACAUAUGAGCCCUGGCUCACAUAUCGUGCUCUUGUCUACGACGCUGUGUGCUGCCUCGACUGUCAUGCCUGCUUACCUGCCUUAUGUUGCUACCAAGGGUGCAGUUGAGCAGAUGACGAGGGUUAUGUCGAAGGAUGUCGCCCGCAAAGGAAUUAGUGUUAAUUGCGUGGCUCCUGGUCCUACUGCUACCGACUUGUUCUUGCGGAAUCAGUCUGAGCAGACGUUGAACCUUUUGAAGAGUCUUAAUCCCAAUGGGCGGAUUGGAGAUACUGAUGAUAUUGCGGAUAGUAUUGCGUUUUUGUGUAGUAGUGAUAGUCGCUGGGUGACUGGGCAGACACUUCGAGUCAAUGGGGGGAUGGCAUGA